UCCUCGGACUAUAGGUCUGGCCCAGAGUCAGAUAAGGACAGGGGCCGGGAGUCCCUGUCCUGCGGAUGAGGCUUUUUACCCCGCUUGUCUGCCCCCCCCCACAGUCGUCUGUACUCGCAUCUCCGCUGCCCCCCCUUCCCUGCAUGGGUAUAUGUGGGGACGGCUCCAGGGUAGCCUGGCUUCUCUCUGCUUUAGCCCCUGCAACCGGGCCCUGAGGAGGCGCCCCGGGUGUGGGCGGUCCACAGGUAGGAGAACCCGGCCGUGAGGGCACUCUGUGGCCCAGGAGUCGGUGACACCUGUCGUGGGAAGCCAGCGGAUACGCCUGGGAUGGUGGAGAUCAGAGAUCUGGCACAGCUGCGGCAGCUCAACCUGGAGCUCCUGAGGCAGCUGUGGGUCGGACAGGAUGCCGUGCGGCGGUCCGUGGCCAAGGCAGCCUCAGAGUCAAGCCUGGACUCCAGCAGCAGCUACGACUCAGAGAUGCCGUCAUCCCAAGAGACGUCCUCAGUGGCCUCGAGAGCCUCCUGCCCACAAGAUGCCCACCAGGGUGACCCCUGUGAUAGGGACGGGGCCAGCUCCGGGGUGAUCUCUCUCCCACCUGCCAAGUGCCUCCACCAGGAGUCCCUGGGCCCACUGAGGCCCCACUCGGCUCCCUUGCUGGCCACCUCAGGCUUGAGCGACCCAGAGCUUUCAGCAGAGCUGGACAGUCUAGACACCCAGGAGGCACAGGCCCUGAAGUCCAUCCUGGCUCAGCGGAGCAAGCUGUCCGAGCCGAGAGUGACCAACAAGGAGUCUCCAGUGCCUGAGAAGAGCUGGCGCCUCAGACCGUGCCUGGGCCACGACUGGAUUGCAGGGUCUCUGGACAACAGCUCUCCCGUCACCAGCAAGCCCGAGGCCUUCUUCUCGAAGCUGCAGAAGUUCCGGGAAGCCAACAAGGAGGAGUGUAUUUGCAGUGACCCCGAAUCCCAGUUCCUAGGCCUGCAGGAGAGUGGUGCUGUGGAGGGGGACCACGAAUGUGUGUAUUGUUACCAUGUCAACCGGCGCCUGUUUCUGGUGCCUUCGGAUCCUGGCACCCCCUGCCGCCUGUGCCGGACACCACGGGACCAGCGGGGUCCGGAGACCCUGGCAGAGCCAGCGCAGGUCAGGGUGAGCAUCCCACUGUCUGUCCUGGACCCCCCGCACCGGUACCGCAUCCACCGGCGGAAGAGCUUCGACGCCUCCGACACGUUGGCGCUGCCCCGGCACUGCCUGCUGGGCUGGGACAUUCUUCCUCCGAAGUCUGAGAAAAGCUCAGCCCCCAAGAGCCUGGACCUCUGGUCUAGUGUCUCUUCUGAGGCCCAACGUCGGAAGCUGUCAGCCACCAGCCUUUCUCACCGGGCCGUGCCAAUGCGGGUCCCAGCCCCCACCCCGAUCUGGUCAGAACCCUCCGUGCCCCAGCCCUGCGCCCCCCGGCCGAAGCCCUGAGAACUGGCCACUGGGAGGUGGACAGUGCCCCUACCGUCGUUUCAGCCUCUCCCCUCCGGCAGGGGCGCCCACGAGAGGGGAGCUUUGCCCAGCCUCAGCUGGAGGUGGACUCAGGCCCCAUCUUCCUAGGCUGGGCCGGUGGGUGGCCUCAGGCCUGUCUCCUUCCUGGGGACAGAGGAGACCCUGGGGUUGGAAGAGGGGACUCUGUGACACGUUUGUAAAUAAAGCUCAGCACUCCCUGCAGCUCCAGAUUCCCACAUGUGCCGGGUCUGUCCUGCUGAUGCCCUCAGAGCCCUGGAGGUGCCCUGGCCUCGGCCUGCCCCCCCUCACUUGCAGAAGGACACCUCUGACAACCUGUGCUGGGCGGGGUGGAUCCAGCGCCCUGAGUGUGGCUCUUUGUGCAGCUUCUAACUCUGGGUAGGUGGCCUCCCCACCAGACAGGUGGGGGUGAGGCUCCCCAAAGUAGGCUGAGGCCAAGGUCAGCAUUAAAAAUCCAUCUCAGUAAGGGGCUUGGGGUCUCGGGCUGUUCCCUGUGGAUGAGGCUGAAGCUGGCGACAGUGGGGAAUGAGUGAGCUCUCCCCUUAUUCUUGGCCCCUGACACUGGGGUCCAGUGAUGGAGGGAUUCUCUUGAAGUUCCUGGGCCAGGUGGCUCCUUCACUCCCAUCUCUAGCCCAGCCCUAGAAGCCACGGGUGAUCUAGAACCCCAUCAGGGACACAUGGGGAAACAGGGCCAGGAGGGUUGGAGUCAGAGGCAAGGUUGGCCGAGAGCCCAGAUCUGCCCUCCUGGAUUAGUAAGCAGCACCUGUCUUUAUACUCCCGUAGGUUGAACAAUAUGAAAUUCCUGAUUUUUAGGGUACAAAUGGAAUAGUUGGGGAACCUAAGCCCAGGGAAGGCAUGUGCUUUUUCUGAGGUUUCUAGCUUAGAGCGGUGGAACUAUGGCUGUGGUCCGUGGCUCCCACCUGGAGCUUGUGAACCUGAGAAAACCUUUCCCCAUCCAGCACAGCACAUAUAUUAGGAUAAGCGAGGUUAUGCCAUGGUAACAAAUUAACCCCCAAAUCCCAGUGGUUUGACAUAAAGGCCUAUUUCUUGCUGACUUGCUCAUACUACCUGUCUGUCAUGGGUCACAUGGGGCCUCUGUUUUGACAUCGUCUUUCGGGGACCCAGGCCAAUGGAGCCUCCACUGUGGGGGACAUCACCAGUUGCUUCAGCCCAGAAAUGACACACAGGUCACUUCUGCUCAUGGUUCAUUGGCCAGAACUAGUCACAAGGAGUUGGGACAUGGAGGGGGCUCAUGGGGUACUGGGUGAGCGUUACUGUCCUCCACAUCCUGACUUCACCAGCUCUGUCCCUGCAAGGCAGGCCUCCUGCGCAGCAAAGGCCAUUCGCAAAAAUAACAGAUACUACGAGCUCUCGCCUAAACGUCUUCCCUUGCUUCAUCUGGGGUUCCAGCCUCCAACGCCUUCAGUAGCCAGGCAAGUAAGGUGACUGGGAGUGGGGGGCUCAGGGCCACCUGGCAAGCACGCAUCCCCUCCAGAGGCUUUCAAGUUCAAAUGCCUCUGAUCCAAAGUACGUGUCUGGGCAGAUUUCAGCAGCAGGUCAUGGUUUGCCACUUGAUUCUAGCACCUGAAGAAACAAAGU